AUGAACUUGCCCAAUGAUCAACCAGUAGUGGACCCGUUUGCCAGCAAAUUUUCUAUACCAGCAAAGAGAAUUUUUGACAGUCAAACAACACAAUAUUUCCAACACUCUGUUGCAAAUUAUAGAUUGAAGUAUUUUACUAAUAAGUAUAUCAAUUUGGUCAGAGGGGUACCGUUACCAGUUUCUAGAAACAUUACCAUGACAAUCACUAGAUACAUACUAGAUCUGCUGGAUAAAUGUUCACAAUUCAUUGACGAAACUCCUCCCCUCAUAGAACCAAGAAGAUUUGGUAAUUUAUCCUGUAGGACAUGGCAUGAUAAGAUCAAUUCAUACUUACCGGGUGAACUCAAAACUAUUAUUGAUAACUUUUCUACCAUUGAAAACGAAAAUAUGUUUAACGAAUUAAACUAUUAUCUAUUGAACUCUUUCGGUUCCAAGACUAGAUUGGAUUAUGGAACAGGCCAUGAACUUUCAUUUUUAGCAUUCAUUAGCUGCAUAGAUAUGAUACGAAUGCUACAAGAUAUGACUGCCGAUGAUUUUCUACUCAUCUGGCAAUCGUACUAUAAUUUGACCAGGAAACUUAUUUUAACCUAUACAUUGGAGCCUGCUGGUUCACACGGAGUUUGGGGCUUAGAUGAUCAUUUCCAUCUCGCUUAUAUCUUUGGAAGUUCACAGCUCAUCUCAGACAUAAGUCACCUUGCACCAAAAGAUAUACUGAAAAAAGAUGUUGUAGCAGAACAUAAGGAAAAUAAUCUAUAUUGUCAAGCAAUCAACUUUAUCUUCACUGUCAAGAAGGGUCCAUUCAAUGAACAUUCACCGAUACUAUACGAUAUCUCCAAAAAUGUCAAAUCCUGGAGUAAAGUAUUGAAAGGCUUACUUAAGAUGUACAACGAUGAAGUAUUGAAUAAAUUCCCAGUAGUACAGCAUUUUUGGUUUGGCGACGGAUUUUUCCCAUGGAAGGAUAACAAUUCUGGCAAAGACUUGCCAGUUUUCGAACAUAGUGAAGGCGAGUCACCUAAUCCAGCAAUCAUGACAAUGAUGCCUUCAAGUACCGAAACUAUGGCCAGUUUCAAUCUAGCACGAUCAUCGAAAUCUCCUAUCAUGAAUCCUAAUUACAAGAUGUCAAUGCACAGACCACCAUCACUGUCCAAGAAUUCGAGAGAGAUGAAACCACCCAGCACUAAUGUCAUCAACUCUUACCUAUCAAGGCCGCACUCACAAUCUUCUAACCAAAACAGGAACACAAGUGGUUCAGACACUAACAAUAUUCUUCAUAGGACAUAA